GAGCAAACAAGAGUUAUCACCAUCACUUUCAACCUCUCUUCAAAGUUACUGUUAGUAAAAUUCAUGCUCACACGGAUGCUAUGUUGGUAACCAUGGAAGCUGGAGCAGCUUGGUAGCGAGUACCGAUUAAGUUUUAGACUUUUGUGUAUUGCUAGAAAUAGAAAUGGCGGUAUUAUGGUCUCUACGACUUCCAUUAACAACUCCAUGGAAAAAUGGUUGUUCUUAUGCUAAUCUCAAACUCUUUUCUUCUCCAUCAUCGUCUUCAUUCUUUCACCAUAAAACUAGACUCAACAUUCUUCUUUCUCACUAUUUCAUUGCUUCAUUAUCGUCAUCACUUUCAACUUCUGCACAAACUCACCUUGCGAUUCCAGUUCAGGAAUUAAUCACUUCUUCUAAAUGGGAAGCUUUUCGGAAAAAGAAAGUUGCCAUGCGUGUUGGCUAUGUCGGUUCCAACUACAAAGGUUUGCAGAAACAACGGGAGGAUAAUAUUCGCACCAUUGAAGAAGCCUUGGAAAUCGCCCUGUAUAAAGCUGGUGGCAUCCGCGAUAGUAAUUUUGGUAACUUAAACAAAAUUGCUUGGGCAAGAAGUAGCCGAACUGAUAAAGGAGUUCACUCACUGGCCACCACAAUAUCGUUGAAAAUGGAAAUUCCUGAAUAUGCAUGGGAGAAUGAUCCAAAUGGUGUUGUUCUUGCGAAUCAUGUUAAUAUGCAUCUCCCUGAUGAUAUUAGAGUGUUUAGUAUAUUACCUUCUCAAAGGAGCUUUGAUCCUCGACGGGAAUGCCAUAUCCGAAAUUAUUCCUACCUCCUUCCAGCUGAAAUUAUUGGAGUAACAAGUCACUCCACUGAUGCUGAAAUUGAUUAUAAUAUACAGGAUUUCAAUGGAAUUCUUAACUGUUUUGAGGGAGAACACCCUUUUCAUAAUUACACAGCCAGGUCAAAUUACCGAAGAAGGCCCACUAAAGGCCGUGCAAAUCGAAGACACAAAUCACCUAAUAAACUGCCAUCCGUGGAGGUUGAGGAAAACCAUACUGAUUGUCAAUCCUCAGUCCACGAAGAAGAUGCAUUGACUGAUGAAGAAUCGGUCACUAAUCUUUCUGAUGCAAGCGUUGAUGAGCUGCUGGAUUCUGAAGUUGGGCAUGAGUGCGAGUCAGGGACGAGAACUCCUACUGAAGUUAGGUUCGCUAGAUGGCUUCAUGAGCGUGAUGAAGCAGACAGUCUCAGUUCUGCUCAUUGGAGGAAAAUAUUUCAGUGUUCUUGCAGCAAGUUGGAGCAAUCUCAUGGAAUGGAUUUUGUGGAGAUCUCGAUAUGUGGGGAGUCUUUCAUGCUACAUCAAAUUCGGAAAAUGGUUGGUACCGCUAUUGCAGUUAAACGUGGCUUGUUACCGAGAGAUAUCCUCAAAUUGUCACUUAACAAAUUCUCGAGAAUUAUUCUCCCUCUUGCUCCAUCAGAAGUUCUACUGUUGAGAGGAAAUGAUUUUAGACUGAGGAAGCUACCUGGAAAUAAGAAAAGGCCAGAAAUGCACAUUCUUGUUGAUUCUGAAGAAAUUAAUAAUUCAGUUGAUGAGUUCUAUGUAACUACACUUCUACCUCAGGUUUCUAAAUUUAUGGACCCUUCUAAAUCUCCUUGGAAAGAAUGGAUUGAGAUUUUGGAUACCAAUACAAGUAUACCAGAAUCGGAGUUGGAUGAAGUCAGAAAUGCUUGGAAUGUUUGGAAUGAAGAGUUCCAAAACAAGAUUCUUCAGAGAAAGAAAAGUGUAGUGCAUGAUUGAUUAAAGUCCUAGAGAUGAAUACUCCAAUCUCACACUUUUUAAUCAUGAGAAUUUAUACAAUGGGUGUUGGUCAAUCUGAAGCUGUAUUCUACACGACCAUCCUGCUGCAGGUGAAGUCACUGAUUUUCCUUUUCUUUCCUAGUAUCCUGUUGCUCUUGCCAAUAGGAAUCGCCGGGUGGGUGCAAAUGGGGUUUUUAAACAUGGUAUGCAUAUGAUUAAGUUGUACAUGCAGUUUGGCUUUUUCUGAUCUUGUCUAAUAUCCAAAACUGCAUAUUAUUAUGAAAUUUGUUACUGAA